AUUUAGAGGAACGUCCAAAUUUGUUUAUCUUAUAUCCCUAUCCAUUCAAUCGAGAUGCUAAGUAUAAGUAUGUUGAAAUUAAUUAUUCGCCUUCAUUUAGUGAGUAUAGAUUUCACUCAAUUUUAUAAGAAUCAUGAAAUGCAUGAUGGAAACAAUACCAAUAUUUAAUAAUGACAGAAAUCCAGCAUAACCAGGAUUUAUACCUCUUAUUGAUUAAGUAUUAAUUAUAUUAAAAUAGCCAUUGCAUCUAUAACAUAAUGAUUAAUAUCAAAACCAAUACUAAAAAAAGUAUCAAGAGUUGACCUCAAAAAAUAAAGUGCUUGUAAUUAUUUUUAUAGAUUCAGCACUUCCCAAAACCCAAAAGUUAGUCAAAAUAUUGUAAUGUUUGUAAAUAACAUUAUGAAGAUUAUUUAGAUGUAUUAUUUCACUUGAAAAUUAGCAUAUUAAAUCAAAAAUACACAAAACAUAAUUUACAAAAAAUCAUUAUAUCAAAAAAAUUAUGUCAUAAGCUAAAGAAGUCAAAGAAAAAGUCGUACAAACAAUUGAAUAGCAAGAAUCUACUGAACUUUAACCUAAGAAAAUUAAAAAAACUAAACUUUGUUGAUUAUUUAUAAUUAUUACUCAAUCC